AUGAGUGACGGUAGUGUAUCAACGAUGGAAAUGCUUCCGAAUGAAUUGAUAUUGAACAUUUGUAGGCAUUUCACUGCUCGAGAACUCUACCGUGCGUUCUAUGGUCUCAAUCGUCGAUUCAGUUCGAUUGCUGACAAUAUAUCCGAUCUUCAUCUAACAAUCACAAACAAUGAAAGUCAUGAGCCCGUCUGGCUGGCAUUUUCUCGUGUCAUUAAACUUAAGAUAGAGAAUGCCAAGCAGAUCGAUCUCUACCGUUUUUCUAAUAUUCGAUCAUUGACAUGGAUUCGCCCAUCUGCUGUACAACUGCAGAAGCUUUGUUCAUUUACUUAUUUUGCCUAUCUUGAACAGUUGAGAGUUUAUGACAUAUAUGAUAUGCCGUCAGCUGCUCACUUUCAUCAAUUCGUGUUUUCGAACGGAUUUCCGCGGGUACGUAUAUUAAGCUUGAGUCAUAUCAAUAUCAGUUCUCCAUGGGUAAUUUCGCUUUGUCUACGUGCUAUAAAUGCUCAAAAUGUAAGCGAUCCUCACCUCUACAAGCGUAUUCUUAUAUCAUGUCCAAAUUUGACUCGCUUGGAUUUCCAUAUGCUCCGUUGCAUAGAAAUACCUAUGCCGGUGUCAUUUCAGCAUGUUAAUUUGAAAAGGCUUCACUGCACAGGUACUUUGUCAUCUCGAUCUCUGGAAAAUAUACUAGCGAUAGUACCUGGCUUGAUGCAAUUCAAUAUUAAUGGAUCAAUACGAGAACAACCAUUAGUUUAUUUUGAACGUCUUGGUAAUACUCUGAACGUUUUUCUUCCUCAUCUAAACCGAUUCGAUUGCAAUUUUUUGUUUACUGGUCAAUAUGCAGAUUUGAUUAAAACUAGAUCGUUCUUAGAAAAAUUUCACCCAUGUUUCAAACAUCGUAUGAAAUUUACAAAGUUGAGUUAUGGUCGAAUACGCAUACAUACUAAAUCAAUUAUUUAG